AUGGGCGCCGCCUUGUGCACGUGCGGCCGCCCCGACGACCAGAGCCUGAGCAGUCUGCGCUUCGACCGCCUCGCCGCGGGUCGCGCCGCCGCUGCCGUCGGCUCGUACGGCGUCUUUCCGCCCGCAAAGGCGCGUCAGCCGUUGCGUGUGGACCCCAAGUCGCAGCUGCUCAGUCGCGGAGAGACGUACGCGCUGUCGGACGACGACGACGUCGACCACAGCCACAACGCCAACGGCGACGACAGCAGCGGAGAGCUGCGACACAGCAGACGGUACAGCACUGCGCAGGCGUACGCGGACGCGUUCCGCGCCAAGCUCCAAGAGCCGCCGCUGAGUCCCCACAGUAAGUUUACGCUCCUGAGCUCCCGCUACAGCUGCGCCAGUCCCACAGAGAGCAGCAGAGGCGGCGACUCGGGCAGCACAGUGGACGUUGCCGCUGCCGUACGGAAGACGGGGCAGUUGCGCGACGUGGACGUGGACGGCGCUGUGACGGCUCCGGACCGCGAACAGGAACCGGACGCCGUUGGCGCUGCAAACGACGUUGACGACGACGACGACGAGGUGACGGACGACGAGUGGAAGCAGCGCGCGAACCCAUUGGUGACGGUCAUUGUGCCCCCGGGACCCUGCGGCCUCGUGCUGCAGUUGGACCGCGACGAACGGGGAGCGCCCGUCGUGGACGGCUUUGUGCGCAAACCCGACGGCCACAAGAGCACUAUCGAGAACAGCCAACUCGUGCACAAGGGCAGCGUCUUGUGCGCGAUCAACGACAUUGACGUGACGCGCAUGCCGCUGAAAGAGGUCCUGCGCACGCUCAACUUGUCGUCGCACCUCGAGCGCGCGUUUACGUUCCGGAACCGGUGUGCGCACCGCCACGCGCUGUGA